GAACGCAGCAGCGUAGUUACGCGGAGAUAAACGGUUAUGGCUGAACUGAAUUCCGUGACUCCAGCAAUGAAACGGCGCCGCAUCAUCGUGUCAGCUGGCGCGCCUGUGCCAAUUUACUCUAACAAGGUGAACAUGUGUCUGCAGCUGAAGCCGAUGGAUUCUGCCCUCGCAGAGUACGAAGAUGCAGAUGAUGUUACAGACGACAUUCUGUGGUUUCAGCCUUUGUCUCGGUCACCAGUCAUCACCAUCAGUGAUUCUGACGAAGACGAAACAGAAAAAUACCACGAAAAGAAGAAAGAAACGGUCACUGGAUGCUCUUUGUCUCCACCGCCGCUGGCAGAAAGUCCCAUGAAGAAACUGUCCAGAAAGGCCAAAAAGAAGAUAAAUGAGGUGGACAGGAAGCUCCAGGCCUUGACCUCCCUUCUUAGUCCUUCUCCUGAGACACAGGGGAGGAACCUCAGAGGCCAUUGGUCUGAGCCAUCAGAGGAUGAGGACCCUAGGAAAGGUGAUGUGAACAUCCUCAGUUCCUCCGGUACCUUAUCAGUCCGGGAGAUCCCCCUUAAGGUUCGCUGUCGAAUGGAGAUCCACAAAGUCCCGGUUCUUUCUUUGGCACCUUUAAGUGAGGUAGUCACUCAGCUGUCCAUCAAGCUUAAAACCCCACCAUCUUCGCUACUCUUGAUGAAGCAGGAGGUGGAGCUUCAGACUCACCUGUCAGUUGGUGAGCUUGGCCUUGGUAUCGCUGACAUUAUUGAAUGUGUCGUCAUGGCGGAAGACGAGCACAGAGCCAGCGACGAUGUUAUUACGAUACGCCUGCAGAGCAAAAGCAAAAACACGAGCCAGGAUUUCUCUCUGCACAGAGAGACGCCACUGAGCUCCGUUUUUAAUCGAUAUCUGUCCGAGAGGCCCAAGCUCUCAAAGCGCAAAGUGAGCUUUCAGUUUGACGGCUGCAAAGUGACGCACAGCCAGACACCGGCUCAGCUGGACAUGGAGGACGGCGACAUCAUCGAAGUUUGGAUUUGAUCAUUUAAACCUCCAGGAACCGCAGGUGAGCUGGACGAGGAUUGUGAUGAUUACACCAUAUGUAGUUUAGCGACGGCACAUUAUAGGAUUUUAUUUUUUAUGUUAUUGGUAAAAUAUGUGACUCCUGAAUGCACUCAGUCUGUAAUGACUAUAAACUUCUCUUCAGAGAGUUCAGUCUUUCUGUAUAAAGUUGCAAAGAAAUGCUCAGCACAGUGUGUUCAGCUGCACCAGGGAUUUCCAAAGUAUGCCUAGAAAAAAAAUUAAU